UGUCCCGGAAACACCGUGAUUGUUUUGGUAUUUUGCUGGUGUUGUGUUUGUCAUCUGUCAGAAGGGAAAAGUAAACCUCAGGAGUUUAGGACACGGAGCGGAGGACUGUCGUCGGGAUAGUCUUCAACAUGCUGCCUUCAAGUCGAUGAAUCGAGCUGUGUUUCGCGGGGAGAGGCAGAUAUUCUGAUAUUUUAGUGAAUUACUGAAACUAGCGGUUAGCUCGCCUGUUAGCUGUCAGGUGAAGUUUAGAGGAUGGACUCCACGGCGCUGGAGAGGGACGCUGUAGUGUUCGCUAAAACAGCUGUAACAUACGACCAGAGUGCCAAAUACAACGAGGCUGUGUUUUAUUACAAGGAGGCAGCCCAGGCACUCAUAUACGCUGGCAUGGCCGGGUCCAAGCUGGACGGGAUCCAGGACAAAGUGAACGAGUACUUGGAUCGGGUUCAGGCUCUCCACAAUGCUGUCCAGGCCCAGAAGAGUGACCCGCUGAAGUCCCGGCAGCAGGUGGACUUGGAGCGAGCCCACUUCCUGGUCACGCAGGCCUUUGAGGAAGACGAGAAGGGAAACGACGACGAAGCCGUUGAACUGUACACUCAGGCUGUGGAGCUGUGCAUCAAGACGUCUAACGACACAGCGGACCCGGCGCUGCAGACCAAACUGAAGCAGCUGGCUCGGCAGGCUCUGGACAGGGCCGAGGGUCUCAAAGAGUCUCAGUCCAGAUCAGCUCCGGCUCAGACUCAGGACAGGACGGGGCCUCCAGGAACCAGGCCCAGCGGUGCUGCCAGUUCUGGAGGACCGGCCCGCCAGUUCUUCCCCCUCGGGCCAGACUUCAGCCUCCACGACCGACCCCAGCCAAUGAGAGCGGUCCAGUCCAGCGAGCCUCAGGGUCAGCGCUACACGUCUGAGGAGAUCGAGGUGCUCAGGAGUACUUCUACUAUCAACAACAUGGCCUAUGUGCCCUUCAUGAGCGUGGACCUGAGGGAGCGCUUUGCCUUCCCUGUCCCGUUCUCGGACAAAACCGGAAAGCUAGCUCUGUCACCCAAACAGAAAGCCAUCUUCUCCCGCUGGGUCCGUCCAGACGAGAUCUGUAAUAACCCCACCAUGAUCAUGUCUGUGUCCAGCUUUAGCAUCAAGCAGACCGUGGUGUCUGACUGUUCCUUUGUGGCGUCACUCGCCAUCAGCGCGGCCUACGAGAGGCGCUACAACAAGAAACUCAUCACUAGCGUCAUCUAUCCUCAGAACAGACGAGGGGAACCAGAGUAUAACCCGUGUGGGAAGUACAUGGUCAAACUUCAUAUCAACGGAGUCCCCAGGAAGGUGAUCAUAGACGACUACCUGCCCGUGGAUCGUAACGGGGAGCUGCUGUGCUCCUACUCCAGCAACAGGAACGAGCUCUGGGUGUCCCUGAUCGAGAAGGCCUACAUGAAGGUGAUGGGAGGAUACGACUUCCCCGGCUCCAACUCGAAUAUCGAUCUGCACGCGCUCACUGGCUGGAUCCCUGAACGCAUCGCCAUGCACUCAGACAAUCAGUCGUUCAGCAAAGACGACACGUUCAGGAUGCUGUUCCAGAGGUUUCACAGGGGCGACGUCCUCGUCACCACGGCAACAGGCGUGAUGUCAGAGGAGGAAGGGGAGAGAUGGGGUCUGGUGCCAACACACGCCUACGCUGUUCUUGACAUCCGAGAAUACAAGGGAAUGCGUUUCCUGCAGCUGAAGAAUCCGUGGAGUCACCUGCGGUGGAAGGGCCGUUACAGCGAGCGAGACGAGAAGAACUGGACACCCGACCUCCUCAAGUACCUCAACUUUGAUCCAAAGACGGCCCAGAAGUUCGAUAACGGUGUGUUCUGGAUCGCAUGGGAGGACCUUUGUCAGUACUAUGAUGUCAUCUACCUGAGCUGGAACCCCGCCCUGUUCAAGGACUCCUCCUGCAUCCACAGUAGCUGGGAUGGGAAGCAGGGCCCGGUGAAGGACGUCUACAGUCUGGCCAACAACCCGCAGUACAAGCUGGAGGUCCAGUGUCCAGCAGGGGGCGCUGCUGUGUGGGUGCUGCUCACCAGACACAUCACAGACAAGGACGACUUCGCACAGAACAGGGAGUUUAUCACCCUCGUCGUUUACAAGACCGAUGGGAAGAAGGUGUACUACCCAGCGGACCCCCCUCCCUUCAUCGACGGCAUCCGGAUCAACAGCCCCCACUACCUGACCAAGAUGAAGCUGACCAGCGCAGGAACACACACCUUCACACUGGUGGUGUCCCAGUAUGAGAAACAGAACACCAUCAACUACACUCUGAGGGUUUACUCUGGAAGUAAAUUCAACUUCUCCAAGAUCCCGAAUCCCUUCACACAGACCAAAAGGAUUAACGGCCAGUGGAAAGGCGCCUCUGCAGGAGGAUGUGGGAACUACAAGGACUCAUACAAGCACAACCCCAUCUACCAGAUCAACGUGGAGCGGACUGGACCGCUGCUGAUUGAGCUGCGAGGGUCCAGGCAGUACAGCGUUGGUUUCGAGAUGGUCACCGUGUCGCAGGUCGGCGAUCCCGGCCCGGCCGCCUUCCAGAAGAAGAGCAGUGGAGAUUACAGGUGUGGAUUCUGCUACAUGGAGGCCGAACUCGUCCCAGCAGGAAUCUACAACGUCAUCCCCACCACCUUCCUGCCCAAACAGGAAGGACCCUUCUUCUUGGACUUUGCCAGCACCGCUUCCCUCAAGGUCUCCCAGCUUCAAUGAAGAAACCGCUGGAGAGAGAGGGGGGGGGGGGGGUGCAGGAGAGAGAGAGCGAGAGAGAGAGUAACGAGGUGUGGGACUUAUCAAGACUCAAACAGAAUCUGGUUCUGGUUCUGGUUCUCUGGUUGUCUCUCUGAAACACGAGUAACAGAUGGACUGCGGACCAGAAGAGCCUAAAUAAAAAACACUUUCACCAAAACUUUUAAACAGUUAUCUCGAUGAAAGUAACAGUUCUGGAUCAGAUGGUUCGAUGUGAACAUAACACGGCCACGACCUACGACAAACAGGGCCGACUGAACGCCAGCCAAUAAGGGAGCAGCACAUGUAACUGUAGUUAGUUAGCUGCUAUCACUGUCCUCAUUCAUCAACAUAUAAAGCAGUCUACAAGAGAAAGACAGCAGAGAUACAGAGAGUCAGAGUUUAGACAUUCAGAGGAUGUGAAGUAUAAAAACCUAAAGGUUGACAUCGUCUGCCAAACAACUUGAAGAAGAUAGAGUAGGUAGAAAGUGGCGCCAAAGAUAGAAAACUAAAUUAAUAUAACAGUUUGUAUGGGGGGGGGCACUUCUCGUUUAGUUUGAGAUCUAAAGUCUGGAGUUAGAAGAGGAUUUAAAGUGUUUGAAGGGACAGUUUUUAUUCUCAGGAGCGGCGUGCAGCGGCACAGGGAGUCCAGUACGGCAGCAGCUGAAUGACGACUCUGCAUGUUGUGUGUGUGGGUGGAUUUCACUGAGCGGCCUCAGGUCAGCACGCAGCACGACUUGAGACAGAUAUCACAAACAGUGAGAGUGUGUGCGUGCGUGAGUAAUGUUGAUCACUUUUCACAGUCAACAUUUAAAAAUGUAUUCAUGCCAAGAACGCGUCCUCUGUUUCCUCUGUAGAGGAUGUGCUGCACUUUUUCUCAUUUUGUUCAUCAAAUGUAUGGAAAUAAAAAUCUGACAGUUUGUUCAACAAGAACUCAGAGAUGAGCUCAUCUUAUAUCCUGUUGUAUGAGUGAUGAUGUCAUGUCGUAUGAGUGAUGACGUCAUGUAUGAGUGAUGAUGUCGUUUGCAGCAGUGAUGAUGUCAUGUUUGCAGAUGAGAUGAUGUCACAUUUGAAGCAGUGAUGUCAUGUUUGCAGCAGUGAUGUCAUAUUGUAUGAGUGAUGAGGUCAUGUUUGCAGCACUUGCACUGAUGAUGCUGGACUUGUUCAAACUUUGAAUACAGAAAAACAAAGUGACUCUCUGAAUGUUUCUGAAGUCUUUUAUUGUUUUGUAAGAAGUGAUUUCAUUAAAUUGAAGGAUGUCAGCUGGACAUCAGAAGACGA